AAAGCUCGAGCAGUGUCUUCAGUAAACCCCCAGAAGAGGCAGCGGCCCCUCCGUUGAUCCCUCCUGUCCCCAAGACCUCCUGACUCCGAGGGGGCAGAGGAUUCCCCGCUUCCUUUGUUCCUCCCAACCGUCGCCGGCCUCCGGCGCCCGCGCCUCUCCGCACGUCGUGCACCCCCGGCCGCAGCAGGCGAAUGGUCUGGCCCGUCGGUAGCCGCCACCCGUUUGGGCAGCGACAGCUGUUCCAGGCGCUCCGUGUCGAGCACCGGAGUCCCGAGCCGUGGCUGCCACGGGCGGUGGGCGGGCGGAGGAGAGCACCGGACCACCAGUGCAGGCUGCCGAGUCGGGGCGGCCGCCCGCGGGGAAGCUGCGAGGCGCGGGAGCACCUGGGGGACCGCUCGCAGCGGGGACGCGAGGACCCGGGCUGGGCUUAACUGGGUACCUUGUUAUCCAAUAACUUUGGUUAUUGGUUAUCCUGAAAUCUGAGGAUUCCACCAAGAUAAUAUGAUAAGAACUUUCAGUGAUUUGGAGCCAUAUCCUACUUAGACUAAUGUGGAAUUUCCAGAUUUCCUGAGAGCUUGGUACAGCAGCACACACUGCUUGCUAAUCAGCACAGGCAAUAAUGCCAUCUCUGCCUCAAGAAGGAGUUAUUCAGGGACCCUCUCCCCUGGAUUUGAAUACAGAAUUACCUUAUCAAAGCACAAUGAAAAGGAAAGUCAGAAAGAAGAAAAAGAAGGGAACCAUUACAGCAAAUGUUGCCGGGACAAAGUUUGAAAUUGUUCGUUUAGUAAUAGAUGAAAUGGGAUUUAUGAAAACUCCAGAUGAGGAUGAAACAAGUAAUCUUAUAUGGUGUGAUUCUGCUGUUCAGCAGGAGAAAAUUUCAGAGCUGCAAAAUUAUCAGAGGAUCAACCAUUUUCCAGGAAUGGGGGAGAUCUGUAGGAAGGAUUUCUUAGCAAGAAAUAUGACCAAAAUGAUCAAGUCUCGGCCUCUGGAUUAUACCUUUGUUCCUCGAACAUGGAUCUUUCCUGCUGAAUAUACUCAAUUCCAAAAUUAUGUGAAAGAAUUGAAGAAAAAACGGAAGCAGAAAACUUUUAUAGUGAAACCAGCUAAUGGUGCAAUGGGUCAUGGGAUUUCUUUGAUAAGAAAUGGUGACAAACUUCCAUCUCAGGAUCAUUUGAUUGUUCAAGAAUACAUUGAAAAGCCUUUCCUAAUGGAAGGUUACAAGUUUGACUUACGAAUUUAUAUUCUGGUUACAUCGUGUGAUCCACUAAAAAUAUUUCUCUAUCAUGAUGGACUUGUGCGAAUGGGUACAGAGAAGUACAUUCCACCUAAUGAGUCCAAUUUGACCCAGUUAUACAUGCAUCUGACAAACUACUCCGUGAACAAGCAUAAUGAGCGUUUUGAACGGGAUGAAACUGAGAACAAAGGCAGCAAACGUUCCAUCAGAUGGUUUACAGAAUUCCUUCAAGCAAAUCAACAUGAUGUUGCUAAGUUUUGGAGUGAUAUUUCAGAAUUGGUGGUAAAGACCCUGAUUGUAGCAGAACCUCAUGUCCUGCAUGCGUAUCGAAUGUGUAGACCUGGUCAACCUCCAGGAAGCGAAAGUGUCUGCUUUGAAGUCCUGGGAUUUGAUAUAUUGUUGGAUAGAAAACUAAAGCCAUGGCUUCUGGAGAUUAACCGAGCCCCAAGCUUUGGAACUGAUCAGAAAAUAGACUAUGAUGUGAAAAGGGGAGUGCUGCUAAAUGCGUUGAAGCUGCUAAACAUAAGGACCAGUGACAAAAGGAGAAACUUGGCCAAACAAAAAGCUGAGGCUCAAAGAAGGCUCUAUGGUCAAAAUUCAAUUAAAAGGCUCUUACCAGGCUCCUCAGACUGGGAACAGCAGAGACACCAGUUGGAGAGGCGGAAAGAAGAGCUGAAAGAGAGACUCGCUCAAGUACGAAAGCAGAUCUCACGAGAAGAACAUGAAAAUCGACAUAUGGGGAAUUAUAGACGAAUUUAUCCUCCUGAAGAUAAAGCACUACUUGAAAAGUAUGAAAAUUUGUUAGCUGUUGCCUUUCAGACCUUCCUUUCAGGAAGAGCAGCUUCAUUCCAGCGAGAGUUGAAUAAUCCUUUGAAAAGGAUGAAGGAGGAAGAUAUUUUGGAUCUUCUGGAGCAAUGUGAAAUUGAUGAUGAAAAGUUGAUGGGAAAAACUACCAAGACUCGAGGACCAAAGCCUCUGUGUUCUAUGCCUGAGAGUACUGAGAUAAUGAAAAGACCAAAGUACUGCAGCAGUGACAGCAGUUAUGAUAGUAGCAGCAGCUCUUCAGAAUCUGACGAAAAUGAAAAAGAAGAGUACCAAAAUAAGAAGAGAGAAAAGCAAGUUACAUAUAAUCUUAAACCCUCCAACCACUACAAAUUAAUUCAACAACCCAGCUCCAUAAGACGUUCAGUCAGCUGUCCUCGGUCCAUCUCUGCUCAAUCACCUUCCAGUGGGGACACCCGCCCAUUUUCUGCUCAACAAAUGAUAUCUCUGUCACGGCCAACUUCUGCAUCUCGGUCACAUUCCUUAAACCGUGCUUCCUCCUACGUGAGGCAUCUGCCUCACAGUAAUGAUGCCUGCUCUACCAACUCUCAAGUGAGUGAGUCUUUGCGGCAACUGAAAACAAAAGAACAAGAAGAUGAUCUAACAAGUCAGACCUUAUUUGUUCUCAAGGACAUGAAGAUCCGGUUUCCAGGAAAGUCAGAUGCAGAAUCAGAACUUCUGAUAGAAGAUAUCAUCGAUAACUGGAAGUAUCAUAAAACCAAAGUGGCUUCAUAUUGGCUCAUAAAAUUGGACUCCGUAAAACAACGAAAAGUUUUGGACAUAGUGAAAACAAGCAUUCGUACAGUUCUUCCACGCAUCUGGAAGGUGCCUGAUGUCGAAGAAGUAAAUUUAUAUCGGAUUUUCAACCGGGUUUUUAAUCGCUUACUGUGGAGUCAUGGCCAAGGGCUGUGGAACUGUUUCUGUGAUUCAGGGUAUUUACUACCAGGGAGUACCCAAUUCUUCUUGAGAACACCAACCUACAACUUGAAGUACAAUUCACCCGGAAUGACUCGCUCCAGUGUUUUGUUUACAUCCAGAUAUGGCCAUUUGUGAAACAGAAGGGAAGAUCGCCAUUGGUUAUACAUAACAGCAAUUCAUUUUUUUCCCCUGAAGUUGAACAUGCAAAGAACAUGACCAUUAAGUGCUGUUUUAUGUAUAUAAGACAUAUAUAUGUGUGAAAAUAUAUGCACAUAUGCACCCAAAUAACAUAUAUUUAUUAUAUUAAAUAAUAUAUGAAAGAAGAAUUAGCAGAAAAUGGAAUAUAAGACUUAACCUUUCUGGAAAUGUAAUAAACCAUGUUAAAAUUGUUUACACAAAUAUGUGAAUGUCUAGAACUUGCUAGGUUUAUAAUUAAUUCCUUCCUACUAGAAAUGUUAUUUUUGCUGCAGAGUAUAUAAAACAAAUUGAUCUUGAAGAUCCAAUUACAGUGUUAAAUUAUUUUCUAGAUAACAUGCCUUUUGACCUGAAAAACGGUUUAGUAUAAUACCUUAAAAAUUCUCAUAUAUAGUAGCUAUUUUAAAUGAAACAAAAAGAUUUAGAAGCCUGGUGUUGCUUGAUGAUAAGAUUAAGAAGUUUAAAACGGGUUUAUCAUUACUGUAGCACACUGUAAAGUACUAGAAAAGUCAUAACCUGAUUCUCCAACCUUUUUAUUCCUCUAUGUGGAAAUUUAGCUACUUGUAAUAAUGUACGUUUUCAGUAAGGAUCUGGUAAGAUCAUAUUAUGAUCUAAAAUGAAAGACAGGCUGGGCUUGGUGGCUCACGCCUGUAAUCCCAGCACUUUGGGAGGCUGAGGUGAGUGGAUCACCAGAGGUCAGGAGUUUGAGACUAGCCUGGCCAACAUGGUGAAACCCCAUCUCUACUAAAAAUACAAAAAUUAGCUGGGCGUGGUGGUAAGCGUCUGUAAUCCCAGCUACUUGGGAGGCUGAGACAGGAGAAUCACUUGAACCCGGGAGGCAGAGGUUGCAGUGAGCCGAGAUCGUGCCAUUGUAUUCCAGCCUGGGUGACAAGAAUGAAACUCUGUCUCAAAUAAAUAAAUAAAUAACAAGAAGAUAAAAAUAAAUAAAAUGGAAGACAAUCCAAUGGGUUAAAAAUAAAAUGUAAACUAGCUUUCAUUUUUACUUUUCAUAGUGAAUCACAUAAAGGAACAGAAAAUGAUGGUAACAAAAUCUAUAUGGCUUUUAUGUCUUAUACCACUCAUUUUUAUUUGGAAAGUAUAUCUUUGAUGGGUUUAAUAUAUGGUUAAAUACAAUUUCUGCUGUUUCACAGAAGUAGGAGAGCUGACACAUUUCACUCAUUUUAGUGUUACAGGAUAAUGAGACAAACUUAUUUUUAUAAAUCUCUCAAGGUUGAAAUCAACUUAUGUUGCAAAGUCUAAUACAGUAGUUUCUCAUUGCACCACAGAAACAGUUAAAGGAUUGUGAAUAGAAGAUUUCAGUUAUCACAUAUUAAAAGUCAUCAGUGUACCCUUGAGGGUUUUUUAAAAAUCAAAACAGAGAACGAGGUGUUCUUGUCCAAAGUUGUUAUGCAUAAGUUUAAUAGCAGUUUACUUCCUUUUCUUGAAUACAGUUUUUAAAACCAAGAAUGUGCUUUCAGUUUUCCAUAAAAAUAUAAGCCGUACUACUUUGACAUUGAAAUCAUCAGUGCAGCCGUCACUUCUUAGAAUUUAUUUAAACUUCUCCCAACAGUUUUAUUUUCUCCUAGCUGCUAUUUUCAAAAUUCAUGAAUGUUUUACCUCCUUUUACUAUUCUGAAAGUUAUUUCAAGAAGUGGCCCCAAAGCAGGAGAACUGAGAGGGGCAAAUUGGCCUGGUUUAAUUCACAGCCUGAAUAAUUGGCAACCUAAAGUUAUGAGUUAGAUGUAUUUUGCUUUUCAAACCAUCUUCUGAGCCUUUUUUAGGCUGAAAUAAUUUGUUUCUUUCUCAAAUUAUUGCUAGCUACUUGAUUCUUAUGACUACCUAACAUCCACAUUUGGUAGGUAUUUUUCCUAUCUGCAUGCAUCCCAAAGAAGAAUUUGCUAUUUGUGGAAGAAGAGGAUAAGAGUGUCAGAAUGAAGGAAAUUACAGUGACUACACUGUUUAUGACUCCAUUUUGUGAAUUCUUAAAUAUGUUAUAGAUUUUUUUUAGAAAAAAUAAUGCAAACAUUGGGAUACUACAGAAUCACCAUAAGGAUGAUCAACAAGUAAUAAGUAUUGUCAUGGAGUUCAUUUUUCUUUUAAAUUCAUGAUUUGGCCACAAAAAUAUAUAUAUAACUUUUAAGUGUCUGAUAUAUGAUAACAGCCCAGUUUGUUGGCCACUCAUUUGCAUUAUCUUAAAUCACAAAUAAUUACUUAAUUUGCUGGAGUGUGUGCUUUGCAACUUUUGUACCAGAGCAAAAUUUUUAUUUAAAACAAAAAAUAACAAUGUCCAUCACCAGGAGAAACGCUCCUCCCAGAAAACACACACACACACACACACUCACACACACACACAAUUUAAAAACUGAGUAAAUUUAAAUAUAUGAAAGUACCCGACAAAUUGAUUUCAACAAAUAAAUUUCAUUUCUCUAGCUACUUAUGUCUGGCCUUAUUUUGAGCGUUACAAUUUUAUUGCCUUCAUUUGCCUGUUUAGACUGAUGUAAUUUGAUAUGAUGAAGUUGUGAAUAAAAGCCUUGUGUUCAUUAUUUAUAUAUACUACCUGGUAUGCUAUGGACUGUGUCUGCUGUAGUGCUAUUCCCUAAUGAGCAACUAAGAAGAGAAGACACAACAAUAAACCAUGGAAGUGUCGGGAGGCCAUGGAAAUGAUUUAGAGGUAUAAAAUACUCCCCAGUUUUUAUUAUAAAUUUUUAUUCAUAGGUUAAAACAUAUCAGCAUAAGUGAUAGUACAGGUGUGACUCCCUUUUCUAAGAGAGAAAAUAGCUUUAUUCGAAAACUCCGAAAGCUACUUAAUCUUACCAGAGGUUUUUAAUAGGGGAACUGGGUUUACUUACAAUGAAAGCAUAUUUUCAUUCUGCUAUAGAAAAACAUAUCCCUGCUCAUUCAGUAAAUCUAAGAUUGGAAUGCUUUCUAGAACUAUGCAAUAUUUGAAUAAUUUCUAGAAAUGUCUAAGAAACAACCUUUUUUAUUUUAAAUCAUCACUUACAAAUGUAGUCUGAGACUGCAAAUUAGUUUUCACUUGAAUAAUCCAGCAUUAUAGAUUAGUUACCAUUUGCUCUAUAUAAUCUAUUGAAGGAACUAUUAUUAUUCAUAUUUUGAUUAAUUUUACUAGUAACAAAUUUUUAUUUUAGUAGCAUUGCAUUUACCUUAAAUAUGUAAAAAUGAAGUUGUAACAGGAUCAAAUAUGGAAAUGGCAAUGGUAACUCUGCCUAGAACAUAGUUGAAUGUCCUUGGUUGUCUGUAAGAUGCAAAGAUCUAUACAAAUUUUAUCAUAGGUCAAAAUUAUUUCUAAAUACACAAACAGUUUCAACUAUUUCUCCCUCCCUAAAACUAAAACCAAACCAAACCCAAAUGAAGAAACCUAAACUUCUUUUCAUCUAAUAGUUAUACCCAACUAGAUAAUAGUAGCUUCUAGACAUCAAUAAAAAGAUUUCAUUUUAACUGUCUUUUUAAUUUGUAAAAUAUAUGAGUAUGGAAUUUUGUAUCUAACUUGAAAUUUCAGAUGUUUUAAUAAUCCAGAUACUUUCUUCUUUAGCAUGUCGAAGUACUAAUAGUUUCAAAAUUUCUUUAGAUCUAAACAUAUACAUUACUCGACUUUUUCAAAAGUAUCAAAAAAUUGAUAGCUGCAGAAAUGCCAUUAUUUGAUUUUCUAUAAAACACGGAUUCAUUCUUAAAAUGUAUAUUCUUUAAAAAAUAGUAAAUACCUCAAGAAUGACAGAAAACUUUCCUUUUCUGUUCUGUAAUGCUAAUUUAAACUUUGAGUCUUAGUUUACAUGGUCAUAGGGGUUAAAUAAUAAAAUGUAUAACUGUACAAUUAAUUGUGUUCUUGUGACCUGAUGAUUUUUUGAAAAUUUGCUUUUCUCUUUAAAUUAAGAAAUUUAAGUUUUCAAGGGCCAUAUUAGUUAUCUAAAUAUUUUGGGCUAAUGUUGAUUUAUAAAUAAAUAAAAAUUUAGAACUAUAUUCAUGAUGACAAUUUUGUUACUUACACUGCCUAUUCUUUAUUUCUUCUUUUUUAGUUCAAAGGUGAAAUUUUGACCUUUGUAUUAACAAAGCCUCAAGAAAAGAGAAAUUCUGCCUUUUAAACAUUGGUUUUCCUUGCAUGUUAUGGUGGUGUGGUUUUGCCUCAGCAAUAAUAAAACAUAAAAUAUGUUGUUGCAUCAAGUUCAGUUUGUCUGCUGAGAUUAUUUUUAAGAACCAGGUUGAAGUCUCUAUGCCUAAAAAAGCAUUUAUUGUUUGGAUCCAUAUAAAGCAAGAUACAUGGCUACAAAUAAGUCUUGCAACCAAAAUUGGUAUAUUAAAAUUUACUGCACACUUUGAGAUUGCUGCCAUUUUUUGGUGCUUUUUGGACCUCGUCAUAAAGGGAUGUAUCGUAUAUUGAGGGAAAAUUACUCAAGUUACACAUUCUACGUUAACUGCACUGUAUUAUCUACAGCUACGAUUAAUGGGCCAAUAGUUCCUAAAUUAGUAAUAAGACUUACAAAAGUAAUGAAAUAACACUGAUAUUUCACUUUCAAAGGCUAACAGCAAUUCUUGGUCCUGAGCUAUUCAGUUCAUACAAUAACUACUGUACAUGCUACAACAUCUGAAUAUUAAUGGUUUUGCUGCAGAUUCUGGGUAUGAGGAUUAGCUCGAAAGCAAUACAUUUGCUAACAUGAAUCAUGACUCAAAUUAUCCCCAUGUGCUUUACUACCUGUAUAUGAAUGCAAAUGUUGUUACAGAAAAUAUGCCUGAAAUGUCAAUACAGUGUGCAAUUAGCGUUGCAUUGUCAUGCUCCAGCAUGUGAUAUCUGUAUGGUGAAGUUAUUUCAAUUACUCUGAUACUAUAAUAAAAAAGUUUAACCUAAGAAAGCUACAA